UAUGUUUAUAGUUUAACUUUGCGCGUUGCGCGCGCACUGCAUCUGCCCGACCAACCGAUUAUGGCGGACAGACAGUGAAGAAUGAUAAUCGCCUUUUCUAAAUCAGAAAGUAUCGACAACAGCCAAUGGCAUAAACCGGGUUUUUUGUAAAAUUGUACAUUGUAAAUAGUUCUGUGUACAUAUAGUAAUUAUAUUUGUGGUCGUUUUGUUUAGAAAUUGUGUGAAUAGUGUAAAUUUUUCAGUGUUUAUUCAGUUCAGUAUUCGACACCGACAAAUACUUCUGUUUAUAGUUAAUACUACAAAAUAGUCUAUAAUUAGUAAAUUUUGGAGUUGUACUAAUAUAAUAUCGUAUAAACAGGAAGUUUCAAAUUGUCCUUUGUUUAAACUUUUCAAGCAAACCGUUGUACCGAGUCACCGAGUGCAAUAUUUUGGUUUCUCCAGCGGCUGUCAUCGUGCUUGAUAAACUACUGUCAAUACAAAGAAACAUAGGUUUAAAAGUCACUGAAUGGCAAAGUUUUUGUAAUACUAGCAAUAAAAUUAGUCAGCUAGAUAAUGUAAACUAUUGACAACAGAAGACUAUUUUGUUUUUGUUCAAAAUCAAAGGGAGCGUCAUAUAUUCCGUAAACAGGAAAGCGGAAUACAUUUACGAGUAGGAAAGAUUAAAUCGUCGUAAAGCUGAAUGCUCGAACCUCACGGUAGCCCAAUGAAGUGGCCAGGUACCGGAGUAGAAGAAGAGGCGGGAGAAGCAGGGUUGCAAAACGUGCGCCCUUCACAAACUCGCAGUCAGGACGAUGCCUCAGUGCAUUACGUAUUCCAACGUGAACAACAAGAAGGAGAACUCGCUUCCCUAGCUCAUAAGCAAAGGUGGGCUGUUGGAGAAGAUACUAUUGCUGAGAAUCAAGAUAAAUGGAAAAAUACCACACCUAUAACAAUGAAUAAUAUACAUCAACAAGGACCAGCUAUACAGCUUAAAAAUUCCCAAACAAAUCAACAACAAUACAUUAAUCAAGCAAUUGCUUCUUCGGUUUCAACGUUGGCUAUGAACCCCUCUGUUAUUGGCAGUCACCCUGCACAUCUAACAACCAACAUGGUUCACACACAACUGGCACCAAUGCAAAACCAUACAUUGGGUAGCAGUUUGACAAUUCAAAACAGUGCAAUGAUGAUACCUGCACUUCAAAGCAUUCAAAACCCAGCACAAUUAGGUCAACAAGGUCUUUAUGAUAUUCAUCAACAUCAUGCUAACCCAAUGCAAGCCAUGAAUGGCAUUGGUAAAACAGGAGAGCAUCUCAUGUAUUUAAGUCAGGCAGGAAUGUUAGCUCCCGGAACUAACCAGUUUUUGCAACAAGGACAAAGUCAACUUGGGCUUACACCUGUUGCUACAAUAAGGAAUCAGAUUGCACCUGCUGCAAAAAAGCUAUGGGACAAGGGGCCAGGCGCCGGUGGCGAUACCAAAGGCCCUCCGCACCUGCCUCCACUGCAAUUGAACCCCGACCAAAUGUGGCGUGAUCCUACUUGGUCUGCUCAAGCUGUCGAACACAAUGUCAGCGUGGCAAUGAUGGGAAACCGUCGUGGGGUUACUUUUCCCGGUGGAGACGCCGGCAGCAUUCUCUCUCCUCGUGACACAGCUGGACUUGGUGUAAAAAUGGUCGAAUAUGUCUUGGGAGGAUCACCUACAGGAGGUGUUUACGUAGGCGGUGGAGAGAAGGUGGCCGGCGUGGUGGCGGGCCUGCGCGGCAUGGUGCUGGAGGAGCGCGCCGAAGAUAAAGCGACUUCGCCCUUCGACAAGGACCUGCACGAGCUACACGAGCACGGCUCCCUGCCCAACGGGAUACACAACGGACAAGAGGACGAUAAAGCUUUUAAUACGUGUAAGUACAGCCGCACGCCCGGGUCGCGCCAACCGUCGCCCGCGGAGGAGGAGGGGGCGGGGGGCGCGCGCAACGGCGAGCCGCCCGUGUUCCCGCUGCACCCGCACCACGCGCUGCCGCAGCCGCAGCCCAUGCACCAUCUGCCGCAUCUCUCGCACCCACAGCCACACCCGGGGAUGUUAGGCGUGGCUCCACUACAGGGCCUACCGCAUCCGCAACACGCACAGAUUCACCCAGGAAUGACACUAAACGACUCUAUGAACCAACACAUCGAACUUGUUUUACAAAUGGAACAACAUCCUCAAUUCGACAACAGCAGCUUUGCGAGCUCGCAACAGUACGGCGGCGCGGUGGGAGCGGUGAGCGCGGUGAGUGGGGUGGGCGCAGAGAGCGCAGGCGGGGGACUCGUCAACGGCGCGCCCUCGGCGCCCGACUCCGCGCAUCACACGCCCUUCGACGUGCAGCAACUAAUUCGGUCACAACAAGCGGCAGCAGCGGGCGGACAAGCGGCAGCGGCACAGUUACAACUGCUGCAGCAACAACAACAGCAACAGUUCCAACUGCAACAGCAAAUAGCCGCCCAACAAGCGUUCACGCAAGCCCCGUACGUAAUCAACACAGGACAGGAAGGUGCGCCGUACGUGAGCGCGUUAAUCGCGGGAGUUCCGCCUUAUUACGGAGUCGCAGCGCCAUGGGGAGUAUAUCCCGGCCUCGUAGCGCAACCCGCGCAACAGCAAGCUCAGCAACCGCGACGGCCGCUCACUCCGCAGCAAGGCGAACAGCAGGUUAACGGGCAAGGCCAGUACGUGAUUCCUUACUACGACCCCGGCUCGCUGGUCAUGGGCGGCCGCAACGGUACCCCUCUGCGACUCGUGUCGCCGGGCGGCGUGCUCGCCCCGCGCCAGUACCAGCCGGCGCCCGCACACCCCGCCGCCGGCGCCGCGCCCCCCGCCCCCGCACAGACGCACCAGCCGCAGCCGCCAGGCGGCGCGAGCGGCGCGCGGCGGGACUCGCUGGAGUUCGGCGGCGGCGGCGCCCUGCACGAGUACGCACGCAAGUGGGGCCCCUCGCCGCUGUCCCCGCCGCUGGGCGCCGCGCUGGGGCCCGUGGGGCUGCGGCCCGUGUCCGCCGCGCCCGGCGCCGAGACCGCCAAGUACAGAGCUGUGAGCAGUUUAGCCCAGGGACUCACCUCUAAUGGAAUGUUUGGUUCGUCUUCAUCGCUACUCAGCAAACUCGGUGGAGUUGGAACUAUCUCAGAGCUGGUGAGCGGAGGCGUGGGCGCGCUGGUGGGCGACAAGCCGGCCGCGGGGCGCUCGCGUCUGCUCGAGGACUUCCGCAACAACCGCUUCCCGAACCUGCAGCUGCGCGACCUCGCCAACCACAUCGUAGAGUUCUCGCAGGACCAGCACGGCUCCAGAUUUAUACAACAGAAACUAGAAAGAGCAACAGUCCAAGAGAAACAAAUGGUAUUUAACGAAAUUAUCGGGGCAGCGUACAGCCUCAUGACGGACGUCUUUGGGAAUUAUGUAAUACAGAAAUUUUUCGAGUUUGGCACGACCGAACAAAAAACCACACUUGCACAAAAGGUGCGCGGUCACGUGCUCAACCUGGCGCUACAGAUGUACGGGUGCCGGGUCAUACAGAAGGCGCUCGAGUCUAUCCCGCCUGAACAACAACAAGAGGUCGUCAGAGAACUCGACGGACACGUGCUUAAAUGUGUCAAGGACCAAAACGGGAACCAUGUUGUUCAAAAGUGCAUAGAAUGCGUGGAGCCGUCAGCGUUACAGUUCAUAAUAAACGCAUUCGCGGGUCAGGUGUACGCGCUGUCCACGCACCCGUACGGCUGCCGCGUCAUACAGCGCAUCCUCGAGCACUGCACGCCCGAGCAGACCGCGCCCGUGCUCAACGAGCUGCAUGCCCACACAGACCAACUAAUCACGGAUCAAUACGGGAACUACGUGGUGCAACACGUGCUGGAGCACGGCGCCGGCGAGGACCGGUCGCGCCUGGUGGCCGCCGUGCGCGGGAAGGUGCUGCAGCUCUCGCAGCACAAGUUCGCGUCCAACGUCGUCGAGAAGUGCGUCACGCACGCCACGCGCAACGAGCGCGCGCUGCUCAUCGACGAGCUGUGCGGCUUCAACGACAAGUACGUGCGGCCCCGGCACCGCCCCCGCCCACCACCCGCCCACCUCCCGCCCACCUCGCCCCAACUAACUCUCCCGUACUGUUGCAGCGCUCUCCACGUCAUGAUGAAGGACCAGUUCGCGAACUACGUCGUGCAAAAGAUGAUCGACGUCGCGGAGCCGACGCAGCGUAAAGUGUUGAUGCACAAGAUCCGACCGCACAUCGGCUCGUUGCGCAAGUACACGUACGGCAAGCACAUCAUCGCGAAGCUGGAGAAGUUCUUCAUGAAGGCGCCGGAGCUCGGCCCCAUCGGCCCGCCGCCGCCGGGCGCCGUGCUUUAGGCGGCAAACACUUUUAUACAUUUGUGAAUAUUUGCGAUUGUACAUUUGUAAGUAAAGAGCCCGCGGCGCCUGUACAUAGCCACGUCCCGGCGGCAGACUGAUGUACAGAACGUGCGUAUCCGAGUACUUGUAACAGUUGUAUAGAGUCGUCUCUCCGCGACUUCAUAUUUCGUUGCGUUUUAUAGUUUUAAGUGUUCUAGUAUUAUUCGUUGUUCGUAUGAAUCUAUGUAUAAAUAUUUGAACGUCUCUCAUUCUUGUGUAAUUUAUGAUUCGAUGCAAAGCGGCGGGCGACGGGCCCGAGCGCCUCGUAGGUUAGUUCGUUGUAGAUUUACUGUUAGCUGGGCUAGGGGACCUUGAAUCUUCUGAGCGACGUAGAGAUGCCGCAGGCAGUUCUGGACAAUCGACACUAUAGUCGUGAUCGUAGCGUUAUUUUUUUGUAUCAAGCUGAGCUCUCGUUUAAGUUUUAUGAACCGGCUUAAAAUCGUAUAUAGACUAUCGAAUAUUUUUAGUGCCGGUGUGUAUAGAUGGUCGGUUAUAAUUUGUGAAAAUGAUAUUUUUGUAUAUUUUUAUGUAAUUAAGUUAUUUAGUAAAGGGCCCCGCGAAGAGCGGGAUCAGCUCUGUCGAGUGGACGAUGCUUAUGUUGUAGUGUGUGCUUAGGUUAUAGUGAUGAUUGUAAAGUUCUGUACUGAUAGAUGUAGUUCCGAGGUCUACCUUGCCGUGUGCACGUCGAACACGUAGCUGCUCCUCAUUCCCCUGUGUAAUAAAAUUGAAUAGGAAGCGUAGAUUCCUGCGACACCUCAGAUUUUUUACGUCUAGGUAUAAUUGAAAAUAAAAUUGUUGUAAAUGGCUGUACAAAAAAUGUUAACAAAAAUAAUUUGUGAAUCCCAUAAUGUGAUGGAAUUUGGAUGAGACGUCGAGAGAGACAGCUGACGGAGCCGUCCCUCUGGAGGCCUCGUCUGUAGGUUGUACUAGAUAAACGUUUAUAAGAGGAUCCAUCUAUUUAGACAUUAAUUAAAAUAAAGCAUUUCUGUAAUAAUAUUACAAUGAUAA